CCGCAGCCGUGACCGGGGUGCCUCGGGGUGGGCAGCCCGGCUGGCCCCUUCGUGUUGCCCGGCCUCCCCCAGCCCCAGGGACAGCGCCGGGCCCGCUCUCCGUCCUGCCCACCGCCCCCAAGAUGCUGUUUUGGCACACCCAGCCGGAGCACUACAACCAGCACUCGACCGGCAGCUACCUGCGAGAUGUCCUUGCACUGCCGAUCUUCAAGCAGGAAGAACCACAGCUGUCUCCUGAGAAUGAUGCCAAACUGCCACCCUUUCAGUAUGUCCUUUGCACAGCCACAUCACCUGCUGUGAAACUGCAUGAAGAAACCCUGACCUACCUCAACCAAGGUCAGUCUUAUGAAAUCCGUCUACUUGAGAAUAGGAAAUUGGGAGAGUUUCAAGAUUUAAACACAAAAUAUGUGAAGAGCAUCAUUCGUGUGGUUUUCCACGAUCGGCGCCUGCAGUACACAGAGCAUCAGCAGCUCGAAGGCUGGAGGUGGAGUCGGCCUGGGGACCGCAUCCUUGAUAUAGAUAUUCCGCUGUCAGUUGGUAUCUUAGAUCCCAGAGCCAGCCCAACCCAGCUGAACACGGUUGAAUUUCUGUGGGAUCCAUCAAAGAGAGCCUCAGCAUUCAUUCAGGUGCAUUGCAUCAGCACAGAAUUUACUCCACGGAAACAUGGAGGAGAGAAAGGGGUGCCCUUUCGGGUGCAAAUCGACACCUUUAAGCAGAGUGAAAAUGGUGAAUACACAGAACAUUUGCAUUCUGCAAGCUGCCAGAUCAAAGUGUUCAAGCCCAAAGGAGCAGACAGAAAACAGAAGACUGACAGGGAAAAAAUGGAGAAGAAGACCACCCAAGAGAAGGAGAAGUAUCAGCCGUCCUAUGAGACAACUAUUCUCACAGAGUGCUCUCCCUGGCCAGAUGUGCCUUAUCAAAUGAACAAUGCUCCAUCUCCAAGCUACAACAGUUCUCCCAACAGCUUCAACCUUGGAGAUGGCAACAGUUCACCAACCCACCAAGUGGAGCUCCUGCCUCCCACCAAUGAUCAUCUCCUUCCUUCUGCUUCUAUUCAAGAUGCUCAGCAGUGGCUUCAUCGUAAUAGGUUCUCUCCAUUCUGUAGACUCUUCUCAAGUUUUUCGGGUGCUGACUUACUGAAGAUGUCCAAAGAAGAUUUUGUUCAAAUCUGUGGGCCUGCUGAUGGAAUUCGACUCUUCAAUGCAAUCAAAGGAAGAAACGUAAGGCCCAAGAUGACAAUUUAUGUCUGUCAAGAACCAGAGCAAAACAGGUCUCAUCUCCACCAGAAAAGAGAAAAUGGAGAUGGCAGUCUUUGUGUAUAUCAUGCAAUCUUCUUGGAAGAAUUGACCACACUGGAGUUAAUUGAGAAGAUUGCAAACCUGUACAGCAUUUCUCCACAGCAGAUAAAUCGAAUCUAUCGGCAGGGACCCACAGGGAUCCAUGUAUUAGUGAGCAACGAGAUGGUACAGAACUUCCAAGAUGAAUCUUGUUUUGUUAUCAGCACACUAAAAGCUGAAAGCAAUGAUGGCUACCACAUCAUUUUAAAAUGACCGUGCUGCACAGAGAGACUUUAACAGCCUAAAAUCUAGUGCCUCGCUGAGAUUGCUACAACCUAGACUGGAAACAUGAAGAACCUUCUGGAUAAAAUGCUCCUCUGAACUACAAAUUAUCAGACAGCUUAAGGAAGAACCUGCUUUUACAGAUACAUGUUUUUACUGAUGUGUGCUUUUGGUUUUUGGGAUGUUCUGUUGGUUUAGUUGUUUGUUUUGGUUUGUUUUUUUUUAAUCUGGAGCUGAGAGCAUCCUCAAAGUUUGUACAUGCUUCUUCUUCCUUCAGUCUUAAAAAUUGUGCAGGUUUCUGCUUCUUACUUAGAAACAUCUGCCUGAUACUAAAGGGAUACGAACCACCAACCAACCAAACCCCAAUUCUCUAUAUCCCUCAUGGUUGGAUGAAUUGAUUUAAUUAGCGUUCAGAGUGCUCUCUUGCUUUCAACAUACACCCUGUUGCUGAUGGGCAUAGGCUCCCUGGGGCUUUUCUUUUCACUCUUUGAGGUAGAAGGCUUGGAACUACAUCCGAAAACAGACUGGGAAAUGGAGAGGAUGGAUGUAGUGCUCAGCCCUCACCCAGAGGGUCAACCCUGAAGACCCACUCUUAGCUGUUCUCCACUUGUAGAUGUUCUCAGUCCAGAGACCUUGAUCCCUCUUAAUGGAGCUUCUGUAAUACCCAAUAAACAGCUCAGUUCUGUGGGAUUCAAAGGAGGAUAGACAGUCUGAGACAGCAGUUCAGCACCGUGUUAUGUCUUUAAAGUAGUCUUCUUGCAUGGAGUGUACGAAGGUUUUCUGAGGAAGUGCUCUGAACCUCUAAAGUUAGAGAGUUCAUGAUAAAUUCACACUGUGGAGUAGCAGCUCUUCUUCCUUUAACUGGGAGUUAGGUUUUAUAAUCCUAGUGAUUUUUUUUUUUUUUUCCUUCUAUUGCUCACUAAGUAAAACUGAAUUUUGAUUGAGCCCAGGUAACAGAUCAUCUUAGUUGCUGCUUCCUUGCUCUUUCACUCUUGACUCCUGUUUCAAAUAUCUGCAACUAUGGUCUGCUCCACCCUCCCUUGGUCUUUUGAGACACCAGCCAGGAUCUACUAAGCUGAAAAAGUGGCUUCUGCUGAUUUCAAAGGCAAACUGAGUCACACCCUUCUUGCAUGGAUGGAGUCAUUGCACUUUUGACAGCUAAUAAGGCUGUUUCCCAAACUGACUGUCCAUAGAGCAUCCAAUUGUGAUACUUGAACAUUUAAUUUCAUCCUGCAUUGAGAUGAGAAGAUGAAACACCAAAAAUUCCCCUGAAAUGGAAUUUUUUUCAAAAAAAGAGAAAUUGUGAAUUGGAAAAUGCUGAAUAAAAUGUUCUACCUUUUUGGAAUGGAAACAAUAAUUAAAUCAAUUUGGCCCUUAAAGCAGCAGCAUCGAUAGGAGCUACUGUUGCAGACCUUAGGAAUUACCAUUCCAGUGCCUUGUGCACUGUGUCUCCCUUGGGGCCAAGUUCUUUGGCAGGGUUACAGAUCCCAUGAUGCUCCUACCAUGGGUUAGUCAAAGAGGGAAUGCGUCAUGAGGGCUGGAGGGAUGCCCAGAAGCCCAGCCUUCUGGGAAAGAGAGGGACAUGGAGCCCAUGAAUUACAGCUCCCAGCUGACACCAGAGGAAUUUGGACAGACACGGACUGAUAUUUCUCUGACAAAAAUGUUGUGUUUCAAGUUUUCCCAACAGAAAUAAACAUCAAAAUAUUGUGAAAA